CGCUGAGCUCGGAGCAGCAGAAGGAGACGGACAGGAGGAGGAGGCGGGAGCUGUACAAGGAGAAGAGGUUUUUCUGUGAGUUGUGUAACAAAGGCUUCCACCAGCAGCAUCAGCUGAAGAAACAUGCUUCCUGCCACCUGAAGCCGUUCCCUUGCAGCUCCUGCGAUAAAGGCUUCUAUAAAGCCCGCAGUCUGCAGAAACACGAGCAGAGCCACAAGCUGCAGGCGGCGCAGGAGAGCGACCCAGAGAAGCUGCUGCGCUGCGACGCCUGCAGCAGGACCUUCCGGCUGCAGAGGCAGCUGCGCGCUCACCAGGCUGCGCAGCACCGAGAGCAGCAGCUGCACUGCAGCAUCUGCCCGCGCAGCUUCACCUCAGCCGCAGCGCUGCGAUACCACCAGGUGUCGCACGCCGCCGUCAAGCCCUUCAUGUGCGACGUCUGUGGAAAAGGCUUCACCAGGAAGAAGAGUCUGCGCGAGCAUCAGACGGUGCACAGCGGCGCGCGACCCUACCCCUGCGCUGCCUGCGGGAAGAGCUUCUCCACCGCCAGCAACCUGCGCGUCCACAAGAGGUCGCAUUCAGACGAGCGGCCGCACAAGUGCCUCCAGUGCGACAAAGCCUUCAAGAGCAGGAUGGGCCUGCUGCAGCACCGCCUGGUUCACUCCGGGGAGAAACCAUUCACCUGUCCCACCUGCGGACUCAGCUUCGGACUCAAGUACAACUUCCAGAGACACGUGCGGCUGCACAACGGGGAGAAACCCUUCAGGUGUGAGAAGUGUGGAGAAGGUUUCUCUGGAACAUGGGCCCUGAAGAGCCACAUGCUGGUCCACGGUGUGGAGAAGCCCUUCAUGUGUGACCUGUGUGGAAAGACCUUCUUCUAUAACUGUCAGCUGCAGAAGCAUCAGCAGCUGGUCCACGGGGAGAAGGAGCGUCGGGGGGGGUGGCGCGGCGGGGAGGCGGAGAGAAACCGUAGAGAAACCGUUCGGCUGUAAAGUCUGUCUGAAGAGCUUCAGCAGCUCCGCCACGCUCAGGACGCAUGAGAAGAGCCACGCCGAGAACAAGGAGUUCAGCUGCGACUCCUGCGGGAAGACCUUCCACCUGAGACACCUGUACCUGUACCACCUG